AUGAACGUUUUGAAGCUUCAGAGGAAGUUUCCUCAAUUCCAACAAAAUGAGAUCUUCACCUUGUCUGAUGCCUUCCAACGACUUGAUGUUGACGACAAGGGAUACCUUGACGAAGCUACCGCUAUCAAGGCCACGCAACAGAGCGAGAACCAGCCCUACGAUGUCGUGCGCCAAGCGCUGAAGGAAGUCGAGCUUGAUUCAUCACGACGUGUUGAGCUGGAAGACUAUGUCAGCCUCGUUGCCAAGCUCCGCGAUUCCUCACCGGCUCAAAAGCGCAUGUCCACAGGGCCUACUUCGUCUCCAGGAGGUGGAGGAGGCGUCGUUGCACAGCGAACUGGCGGCCAUGCCUCCAAAGGCAGCUUAAGUGGCAAGAUUCAAGUCCAAGGCUCCAAUGCCAACAUCACUCACACCAUCAACGAGGAUGAGCGCACUGAGUUCACCCGUCAUAUCAACGCUGUUCUGGCUGGUGAUGCCGAUAUCGACAGUCGUCUACCCUUUCCCACAGAUACAUUCGAAAUGUUCGACGAAUGCAAGGAUGGUCUAGUCCUAGCUAAGCUCAUCAACGACAGCGUUCCCGACACCAUUGACGAACGUGUUCUCAACAUACCCGGUAGGAAAAUCAAGAACCUAAAUGCGUUUCACAUGAGCGAGAACAACAACAUUGUUAUUGAAUCUGCCAAAGGCAUAGGCUGCUCUGUUGUCAACAUCGGUGCUGGUGACAUCAUUGAGGUCAGAGAACACCUUAUCCUGGGUCUGAUUUGGCAGAUUAUUCGACGAGGACUUUUGGGUAAGAUCGAUAUUAAGCUCCACCCUGAGCUUUAUCGACUGCUUGACGAGGACGAAACCCUUGAGCAGUUCCUCAGACUACCUCCGGAGCAGAUUCUCCUUCGAUGGUUCAAUUAUCAUCUGAAAGCUGCUAAAUGGUCGCGCACUGUCAACAACUUCUCUUCCGAUGUCAAGGAUGGCGAGAACUAUGCGGUCCUGCUUGCGCAGAUUGGUCCUGAAUAUGGUGUCACCCGUGCGCCUUUGCAGAAGCAAGACUUACAUGACCGGGCCGAGGCCGUCCUUCAAGAAGCCGACAAGCUCGGCUGCCGCAAGUUCUUGACACCAAAGUCUCUUGUUGCAGGAAACCCGAAGCUUAACUUGGCUUUCGUGGCCAACCUCUUCAAUAACCAUCCCGCUCUUGACCCUAUUACCGAGGAGGAGAAACUUGAAGUCGAAGACUUUGAUGCGGAGGGAGAGCGUGAGGCCCGAGUUUUCACUUUGUGGCUCAACAGCUUGGACGUCCAGCCUGCAGUAGUUUCCUUCUUCGAUGAUCUUCGGGACGGUGGUAUCCUCCUUCAGGCCUAUGAGAAAGUUAUUCCUAACUCUGUCAAUCCUCGUCACGUCAAUAAACGUCCAGCUCAUGGUGGAGAGAUGUCAAGGUUCAAGGCCGUUGAGAAUACCAACUAUGCGAUCGAACUGGGCAAGCAGAAUGGUUUCUCCCUUGUGGGUAUUCAGGGAGCCGACAUUACUGAUGGACAGAGGACUUUGACUCUUGGUCUCGUGUGGCAGCUCAUGCGCAAAAACAUUACAGUUACCCUGUCCUCAUUGGCCCAGAAGUUGGGCAAGAGGGAGAUUACCGACUCCGAGAUGGUGCGAUGGGCAAACGAUAUGUCGCAAAAGGGCGGCAGGAACUCUGCCAUUCGGUCUUUGAAAGACCCUUCGAUUGGCUCAGGUAUCUUCCUUCUGGAUGUCUUGAACGGAAUGAAGAGCAGUUACGUCGAUUACGACCUUGUGACAGCUGGUCAAACCGACGAGGAUGCUUACUUGAAUGCCAAGCUAAGCAUUAGCAUCGCUCGAAAGCUUGGUGCAACCAUCUGGCUAGUCCCCGAGGAUAUCUGCCAAGUCCGCAGCCGUCUAAUUACCACAUUCAUUGGUUCCCUCAUGGCUACUCACGAAAAGAUGUAG